AUGGAAAGAGAUGAUGGUGUUAUUCAUACGCCGAGUACAAGUCGUUCAAAUAGUAUUAAUGAAGAUGAAACAAAUUUAUCUACUCCAGUUGUAUCAAUAAAUCCAUCAGAAUUUUCAUCUCCAGAAGAUGUUACUGAACAAAUUAAAACAAUACCAGAAACACAACUUACAGUUACAUCAAAUUCUUCGUCGGAUUUUGACACAGAUUUUGUUGCUAUAAAUACAAGUGAUCUUGAUCAAGAUGCCAACAAUGCAUCAUAUUCCAUAGAACCAUCAUAUAAUGCUAUUGUCACUGAUGUCAAUACAGAAAAAUCUUAUCAACCAAUAUUCGGUUCAUUCUCAUUUGCCGAUUCAGACCCGCUUAGCAGAGCAGCCUUCGUCACUUCUUCCUCUCUGUCUAGUGAAGUAGAAACAAUACAAGAACGACAAAUGGACAAUUGUACUGUAGCGAAUGAAAAUAACACCUCAAGUAGUGAUCAAGUUACACCAUCAUUACCUCAAUCUUUAGAAUCGACUGAGAAUAUUGAUGAUAAUAAUGAUGAAGAAGAUGAUUUUGAUGGUAUACCAAUUCGACAUGCUUCCAUUACAAUGAAAGAAAAACUUAAUGGUGAUAGUGAUUCAAUGAUGAAUCAUUCUAAUCAUGAUCAUUUAUUUGAUGCAUUUAUUAAUCAUGUUGAAAAUUCACAGGAUGAUUAUGAUCUUGAAGAUGAUUCAUUUUUAAAUGAUUUUACUGAUGAACAGCAUGAUACAACAGCUAUAGUACCAUCUUUAUUUAAAGAUAUUCCUGAUAUUGAUGAUCCAAAUGAACAUGAAGAAGAUAAUGAUGAUAGAAUUCUUUUCGAUCAUAUGGAUAUGUAUAAUCAAUCGGAUUCAAUACGUUCAUCAUCACCUGAUUCACUUUUAUCUUCAUCACAUUUACAAGAUGAACAAGAUGAUGAUGAUGAUGAUGAUGUUAAUUUUGAUGAUGAAGUCACACAAUGGAAUGAUGAUAAUAUUCUUCAUUCUAGUUCAUCAAAUAUAAAUUCUCAAACUAAUAGAACAAAUCUACCGUUAAUUUUACACAUGCAUCCAUUCGAUCAAGUAGAUUUUAUUGAUUCAUCACGUAGUAAUUCAAGAUGUUCGAAUGUAUCAUCACAUCUAAGUUUUGGUUAUGCUGAUCAAGCACGUAUAUUUAUAAGUGAUGAUGGACUUAUGACAUCGUCUGAUAGUGACGAUAAUGACAAUAAUGAUGAUGAUAUGAAUUUAGACAGUGAUACAUUCAAUCAUAAUAAUGAAGAACUAUGUCUACAAGUCAAUGAUGAUGAUAACGAAGACGUAUGUCUCCAAGUGAAUCUUGAUGAUAAUCGAUCAGUGUCUUCAUCUAGUAGAAGUAAUAGUACAUGUUCAAUAUUAUCCGCAUCUAAUGAAGUACCAAUUAUUGAUAUUGAUGAUGAUAAUGAUGAAUCAAAAAAUUUACAAAUAGCUCCUAUUGCUGCAAUGGAUGAUGAAGAUGAAAAUGAAAAUGAUUUACAAAUAUUUCAAUCUAAUCAAUCAAUAUUACCAACUAUAACAUCUAAUAUAAAAAAUCUUCUUGAAUUAAAAAAUGAACAACGAAAAAAUGAAAUUGUUCAUGAAAUAAUUAAUAUGAGACAUUUAUUAAAUGAAAAUAAUCAUGAUGAUGAAUUUAUUGCAAUUAUGCAUAAUCCAAGAAUAUUCGAAGAAGUUUUGUAUGACCAUGAUAAUAGUAAUAAUAAUAAUAAUAAUGAUGAAAAGAAGUUAGAUUUAGUCAAGCAAAUAAAUUCUGUUACAUGUAACUUCCGGUCAUCAUCACAACUAUCGAUUGAUAAUAAAAUUAAAAACGAAUCAUUCGAGCAUCAUCAAAAUAUACAACAGACAUCUCCAUUAUUAGAAUCGAAUAACGAAAAAACUCCACAUUCUUAUACAACGACAACGACAACAACAACAACAACAAUAGCAAAUAAUUCUUCGUCUUCUACAGCUGCCGAUUACCUUAUCCUAGACGGCAAUGAAAGGAAAAAGAAUGCUCCGUCUGCUGAUGUCGUCUAUACAACCGACAUUCUUAAUAUAAAACAACAAAAAGAACAGUUGCAAUGCGAGCAAACAAAUACUUCCCAUAUUGAUUCAAAACAAUUUACAAACGUUGAAGAACACAAUCGAGUCAUGAGUACGGACAAUGAAUCAGAUGAUGAUGAUUUAGAAUUAUUAAAAACACUUUCUCAAUUACAUGGUAUAAUUAAUACUACUCCAUCUAUUGAAGAAAGCAAUCGAAUUGAACAUCAAAUAUCAUCAGAUUCUUCAAGUAUAAAUCAAGAACAAAAUUCUCCUGAGUAUUUACAUGAAAAUAUCAUCACAAAUGGAAAUCAAGCAGAAUUAUUAAAUAAGAGAAGCCGACAAAAUACUCCUAUAACACUACAAUCGUCGCCUUAUGUCACUGACACUAUAAAAAAUUCUGACGAAGAACAGGAAGAAAAAGACGAGAAAAAAAAUAUUAUUUUUUAUAAAAAUCAUUAUAAUGAUGAUGAUGAUGAUGGUAGUGACGAGAGGCAAAAGGAAAAAUACGCGAAUAGAGAAGAAAAAAAAACAACUACGUUUUUUUCUUUAACAUCGACGUCUCCUGCUUUAUUUAAUAAUGAUUCACACUCUACUGUCGUUGCUGUCGACCCUGAUGCAUCGUCUUUAUUGCCCAACUUGUUAUUAUUAUCAUCAAACAAACUAACCGAUUCAUCAUCUAUUUCGAAUCAAUUAAUUGCCGACGUUUUGCAAAUAUCAAAUACAAAAUCAAACAUGGAUAAUUUAUCUGAUGACAAACGUAAUCAAGAAAUAACAACAACAGAUCUAUUUGAUCCAUUUUCACCAACAGCUACAACUACAACCGGAGAAAGUAAUUUUGAUAAUAUUUUUACUCAAUUAAAAGAUGAUAAUGAUGUCGAAGAAUUAAACAUGCAAUCAACUAGGUUUCCAUCAAAUUCAACAUCAACACAACCAUUAGGAAAUUAUAGUUUUGAUGAUUUAUGGAAUCAAUCAAUAUCUCAAAUAGAAUCAUUAAAUGAGUCUGAAAUAAAACCUAACAAUGAUUUUGAUCCAAAUACAUUUUCAUGGGAUGCAUUUUUAAAUAAUGAUAAUAAUAAAAAUGAAAAAUUAAAUCCAUUUGAUGAUAAUACAAUUAUUCCAAAUAAUGUAAAUAUAACAUGGGAAUCAUUAUUUGGUGAAGAACAAGAAACUCAAGAUAAAAAUGAUCUUAAAAAUUUUCUAGAUUGGAUUAUUGAUCAUUUAGAUGAUUCUGAACAAAUUGAUGUUCAACCAAUUAUUACAUUUACUUCAACACAAAAUCUUGAAAGUAUUGUAAAAGAUAUUCAAAUGUGUUCAAUGCCGUUUGAACCAAUACCAUCACCACCAUUACAUAUUGAUCAUACAGUUUCAAAUCCAAUGAUUAAUGGAAUUCAUCAUGAAUUAUUUCCUAUUAAUGAAUUGGAACAAGUUGACAUAAAUCAAGGACAACAAUCAAUGAUAAUAUAUGAAGAAGAUGAAAAUGAAAUUGAAAAAGAAAAUGAUGAAAUAUCAUCUAUCAAUUAUAAUAUAAAUUUAAUUGCUGAAAAUUUAGUUUCAAAUAUUAUAGAAUUAGCAUUAAAUCAAGUUGAUGAACCUUAUUAUCAAGUUGAACAUUUUGUUGAUCAAAUAUUAUCAGAAGCAGUAUUUGAAAUUUAUAAUGAAGAUUAUAAUUUAUUAAAAUUAGAAAAAAAUGAUACAAUACCAAUAGAAAAUCUUGCAACAAUUAUUAAUUGGCAUAAUUCAGUAAAAACAACAAAUAAUAAACUACUUGAUCCAUUUGAUAGUACUUGGAUUAAUCAAUUUCAAACAUCGAAUAAUACAACGAAUGAAAAUUUAGUUGAAAAUGAAAAUAAAACUAAUGUUGAUCCAUGGUUAUUAACAAGCAUAGAACAUAAAAAUGAACUUGAUCCAAUGACAUUAUCUAACACUCUUGAUGAAUCGGAUUUAUUUUCUUCUAUUAGUAAUCCGGUGAAUAAAAUUUCGGAAUUAGAAGAUGAUGAAACGGGAACUCUUAGUGAAUAUCUACCACCGCCAAUAUUAAGAGAUCCUUCGAAUGCAACUACGGCUGCUAAUAAUUUGAUGAAAUAUACACUAACAGCACCCGUUUUGGACGAUAGUGGUGACGAUAGCUCAUUUCAAGAAGAUUAUUUUAUGUCACAUAAGAAUGAAUCAUCAAUAGUAACAAAUACAAAAGUUGAUGAAGAACCAAUUAAAACAAAAGAUUUAACAUCGACCGAUGAAAAUGAGAUUGAAACCGAUGAACAAAAUAAUAUUUUUUCACAAAGAACACAUUCAUUAGAAUUUGAAGCAUUCGCUAGUGAUCAACCAUUAGAUUCAUCCGAAAUCGAAUCGAAAUUUCCUAAUAUAACUGCUCAAUUUAAUGAUGAAUUUGACGAAUCUUCACAACAACAACAACAACAACAACCAUCAACAGAUGAUAAUACACCAUGGAUUACUAUUGAAAAAACACCUGAAACUAUUCAAACUAGUAGUAUUAAUAAAGAUGAACCAUGGGAACUUGAAGAUAGUGGGGAAGAGAAUAUUACACCAGAAAAAUCUAAUUUACAUAAAAACUAUUUUUCUGAUUCAUUUAAUGUACCAACAGCUAUUGAAAAACAUCCAAAUGAUGAUAAAGACAAUUAUGAUGAUUAUUUUACUAAACAACAAUUAAAUGAAAAUAUCGAACAAUCAUUAACAAAAAAUGCAUAUGACGAUGAUAAUAAAGAAAAUAUGCAAACUACAACAUCAUUAAAAGAUAACAUUAAUGCAACAGAAUCGUCAACAACUAGCGAUUCAGAUAUAGUUGAAGUUAAUGAUAUUGCACCAAAUGUUGAAACAAUUAACGAUCGUAUUACGGAUCAUAUGCAAACAAGUUAUGUCAAUGUCGAUGAAGCAGAUGUCAAAAUCGAACAUCCUAAUGAGUCAAUUGAAACAACACCUCGUAUGGUAGCUGUUCAAUCGGAAAGUGAAGAUUUACCACCACCGUUACCAGCGCUACCACCGUUAAAUAAUAAAUCAAAUAUUUCAAAUAAGAAUUUGCCAUUAAAAUCAGCACUUUUAUCAUCAAAUAAUGAUACACAAUAUAAAAAAGAUUUACUCAAACAGAUACACAAUCAGUUUAUCCAUUUGAAUCAGGUAUUGUAA